AUGGAGAAUAUACAAAAGAUGGAAAAAGCAAAUGCUUCCAUAGCAAGAAGAGAAAGGAGAGCUAUUAUUGAAGAGAAGAGGAAGAAGGCAAGGAUAUCAAACGAAGUUCACACUGGUUCUCAAAAGGAGUGCAGAAAUCCUCUUCAAACAAUAAACUUAAACUCAGACACAUCCUCUUCAGGAGAAAUACAUACAUAUUUAAAAAACAAGAGGAAAGUUGAUGUGUCGAAUCUGUAUGAUAAUAUUAGGACACCAACAAAGAAGAUAAUGGGACCGAUAAUAUCUCGAGAUAGUGAACUAAAUCAUAUGAUGGGAACUCCUUUGUCAAGAAAAGAGAAUAAUAUUUAUUGGAAAAAUGGUGACACAAGCAUACAAACUUCCAUAAGGUUAGAAGGCACGGUCAACAACGAACCUAAUUUGGGUUUUCCUGUAGAAAGAAAUCUAGCAAGCAAGACACCUGACUCGAGAGAUGAUGCCAAGAAUGCCAGACGAGAGAGAGCUUUGAAACUAGCUGGAAAAAGGCAAACCAUUCAUAAAAAAUCUGCGGGAGGCAGGAGAGAUUCUAGCAUUAUUGAACUAGACUUGAGCUCAAUAACAAGUACACAAGAAGUUAGUCUCGAUCAAAGUACAAAUCCAGACAUAGGGAAAAUGAACAAUAUGGAGGUUAAUUCAUUUCGGUGCAGCAAUGAGUUUUCAGUAGAGCAAAGGAAGUUUAUUAGGGGACCAACGACAUCGCCACCAGCUGUAGGAUCCAACACACGAACACUACAAGCUGGAAAAGGUCCUGAAUACUUGAGCAUUGGAGAUCCAAUGCAUCAAUGUGAGUAUUGUAAUGCACUCUUUUGGUAUGAUGAACGCACAAACAAGCACUACAAAGCAACUGAACCUAAAUACACAAAUUGUUGCAAAGGAGGCCAAGUUCAAAUACCCCAUUUACAAGAUGCUCCAAAGGAACUAUACAAUUUGUUGUAUGAAGAUAGUCCUAAAAGCAAGCACUUUCGUGACAACAUUAGAGCUUAUAAUAACAUGUUCCAAUUCACUUCAAUGGGUGCAAAGAUAGACCGAAGCAUCAAUCGCAGCAAAGGACCGGCUACCUUCAUUCUUUGUGGAGAAAAUUAUCACUUGAUGGGUAGCCUCAUACCACCAGAAGGCAAUGUCGCCAAGUUUGCUCAGCUAUAUGUGUAUGAUACACAGAAUGAAAUCCAGAAUCGUAUGAACAUUUUCAGCAGAGCAGAAAACCAGUUAAUUUAUGAAGAUAUUGUAAAGGAUUUAAAGAAGAUGCUAGACGAGCACAAUGUCCUGGUAAAGGCCUUUCGUAUGGUUAGGGAGACGAUGAGAGUUGACUCACGUAAUUCUGUGAAGCUUAGGCUCUUGGGUAAAAGGGGUAAGGAUGGUAGACGCUAUAAUCUUCCGUCAACAAAUGAGAUUGCUGCAUUAAUAAGACAUUGUCGUAGAGACACAGACUGGGAAAUUACAACGGAUUAA